UCUUGGACUUUCAUACUCGGACACUGAGCUAUACUCUCAACCAGUCACACACUUGGCUAGCAAACAUUUACCUGCUGAGGUACAGCACAGAGGGAGAGAUAUAAACUAGUCACAAACUGCAAGAAAAGUAUCUGGGAAAGAGGUUUCCGGACUAACACAGAAGUCUCCAAAGGGAAAUUUUUGCAGGAGGACAGAGACCCAGAGUCCACGUUUUCUCUUUUCUCUUCUGUGGCAAACACUCUGUUGAACAGAGAUGGACUGGAGCAGCAGCACUUCCAUUGGUUUAGUGUUCAUCCUGGCUUUUCUAUACAUUUUGAAAAUAGCAGGUUUCUGGGACAACCAGAGAAAGAAUUUUCCUCCAGGACCAAGAGCAUUACCUAUAAUUGGAAACCUUCAUUUGUUUGAUUUGAAGAGACCCUACAGGACUUAUGUACAGCUGUCAAAGGAAUAUGGCCCAGUCUUCAGUGUUCAGAUGGGGCACAGGAAAGUAGUUGUGAUUUCUGGGUAUGAGACAGUGAAGGAAGCUCUUGUAAACCAGGCAGAUGCAUUUGCAGAGAGACCUAAAAUCCCAGUCUUUGAAGAUUUGACCAAAGGAAAUGGGGUUGUUUUUGCUCAUGGUGAAAACUGGAAGGUGAUGCGAAGAUUUACUCUCACAACCUUACGAGACUUUGGGAUGGGGAAAAGGGCCAUUGAGGAUCGAAUUGUGGAGGAAUACGGGUACCUGGGAGACACCAUUGCCUCACAACAAGGAAAGCCCUUCGACGCCAGUAAAAUAAUUAAUGCAGCAGUUGCCAACAUAAUUGUGUCAAUAUUACUUGGAAAACGAUUUGACUACAAAGAUUCCAGAUUUGUGAGACUUCUAAAUCUGACCAAUGAAAGCGUGAGGCUUGCUGGGAAACCUUUGGUCACGAUGUACAACAUCUUCCCAUACCUUGGAUUCCUGCUAAGGGCUAACAAGACUCUUCUCCAAAACAGAGAUGAAUUCCAUGAUUAUGUAAAAGUUACUUUUCUAGAACAUCUCAAAAACCUGGACAAAAAUGACCAAAGAAGUCUUAUCGAUGCUUUCCUGGUUAAGCAGAAGGAGGAGAAAUCCACUACCAGUGCUUACUUCCAUAAUGGCAACUUGCUAAGCUUGAUGAGCAAUUUGUUUACUGCUGGUGUUGAGACAAUUUCCACCACACUAUACUGGGGCUUUCUGCUGAUGCUAAAAUACCCUGAAAUUCAGAGAAAGGUUCAAGAAGAGAUAGAUCAAGUGAUAGGGUCAAACCCCCCACGGAUCGAGCACCGAACUCAGAUGCCAUAUACAGAUGCUGUCAUCCAUGAAAUCCAGAGGUUUGCCAAUAUCCUGCCACUGGAUCUGCCUCAUGAGACUGCUGCAGAUGUCACCCUCAAGGGCUAUUUCAUUCCCAAGGGAACCUACAUCAUCCCCUUGCUGACCUCAGUCCUGCGCGACGAGUCACAGUGGGAGAAACCAGACAUGUUCUACCCUGAGCACUUUCUCGAUGCCAAUGGGAAAUUUGUGAAGAAAGAUGCUUUCAUGCCCUUUUCAGCAGGGAGGAGGAUCUGUGCUGGGGAGACUUUGGCCAAAACGGAGCUCUUCCUCUUCUUCACCAGCCUCCUGCAGAGGUUCAACUUCCUGCCUCCACCUGGAGUUUCCACCUCAGACCUGGACCUCAGCCCUGCUAUUUCAUUUAAUAUCAUCCCCAAACCCUAUAAAAUGUGUGCUGUGACACGUUCCUAGAGCUCUAAGUAGCAUUUAUUUGUUUCAAAAAUGUUCAAAUUACUUUUACAUGACAUUUGCCUUCCUAAUCCUUUGACCAAAAUAAUUCACAACUUAAUGAAGGUUUUCAGUACUUCUAAACCAAA